CUGCGCGAGGAGGUCGCACUGCCCUUGCUGGAGGGCGGUGCCCGCCUGGCCAACACGCCGGCCGAGGUCGCCGCGGCCAGCGACGUGACCUUCACGUCAUUGCCCGGUCCCUACGAGGUGGAUGCGGUGGCGACGGGAGCCGGGGGAGUGCUGGAGGGUAUCCAGCCGGGCAGCGUGUACAUCGACCUGUCCUCGAGCCGUCCCACGCUGAUCCGGGAGAUCGAGCCGAAGUUUCGCGCCAAGGGCUGCCACGUCCUGGACGCGCCGGUGAGCGGAGGCAAGACGGGAGCGGCGUCGGGGAACCUGGCGGUGAUGGUGGGCGGAGAUCGCGAGGUGUUCGACCGGGUGAAGCCGAUCCUGGACGCCUUUGGCGACAAGGUGUUCUACGCCGGUGAGAUCGGGGCCGGGAGCGUGGCGAAGCUGGUGCACAACAUGAUCGGGCACAGCGUGCGGCAGGCCAUCGCGGAGGGAUUGACCCUGGGCGUCAAGGCCGGCGUGGAUCCCGAACCGCUUUGGGAAUGCGUGCGGCGUGGAGCGUUGGGCCGCAUGUCGUUCCUGCACGAGGGGUUAGUGCGGACGAUGUUUCGUGGGGAGUUUGAGCCGGCGAGUUUCGCGUUGAACCUGGCGCACAAGGACAUCUCGUUGGCAACGGAACUGGCGCGGGAGUAUGACGUGCCCAUGCCUAUGUCCACCCUGGCGCAGCAGAUCUCGCUGCAGGCGAUGAACCGCGGCUGGGGUCAGGCCGACAGCAGCAGCACCGUGCGCCUGCAAGAAGAACAGGCGGGAGUAGAAGUGCGGGCCCCGGACGUGGAUCCGGAAAGGGCGGCGCGGUUUAUCACGACGCAUCCUGACGCGGAGUAA